AAGGAAACCCUCCAUAUGUACUCCAAUUGAAAUGUCUUUAGCAGUAUUCCAAUAAAAACAUGGCAGUAAAUUUGUGGCGUCCGCCUAUUUUCAGCAUAAUUUUGAACAAUUUCUCAAAAAGUUAAAUUUCUAAGUGAAUAGGGAUAGUUUCUUUUCGAAACUAAAGCUAAAUGUGUGUCGUGAAACGUGGAUAUAUAAUACAUUUUUUCGGUAGUAAUUAAAAAUUGUAUAAGUAGUUUUUUAGGUCAAGAAAAUCUUGAAGGGUAGCUGCAUAAAAUAUAUUAGUAGAGUAUAUUGUGGCAUGUAUAAACUGAAGCUGGAUUACAAUUGGGAUGUGUAUUGUUUUGAAGGGUUUUCAGGAAGGAAGAAAUGGACUGGAGAGGGGCAAAGCCUCAGGUUUAAUGUUGGAGUGACAUGCAGUCUGAGCCAGGCCGCUACAUUAAUUCGGUAUCAGAUCUUCUCUACAGUCCAGACGAAAUCGAAUUUCUGCUCGAAGACAUCAGAGACCUGGAGCCGACAAAUUUUAAACCUGAAGAAAUUCAGGCUUCGUCCAGUAGGGCUGGCAUGCUCUAUGUGUUGCAGGACUUUGAGAUAGCCGGCAGCCGCACGGGGGCGCUGAGCGCCGAGUGUACGGCGGGGGAGGGUUGCGAGGAGUGCCUCGACUCACCGCUGGGCACAGUGAACUCCUGGGAUUCCCACUCGCACUACAGGCGGAGAGCCGCGUCGCCUGACCUGUCCCUGUACUCGGGGGUGAUCGUGUACUGCGACUACGCGCACUUGAAGACGACGACGGGAUUCCUGAGGCUGCUCUUGUUGGCAACAACUAUAGCAUGUCUGGCAUGCCUGUGUACGUCCGGAACUGUCAAAGUGGGACUGUUCAUGCUCCCUCUGGUGGGACGAAUCCGAUUCAUGAUGUUCGUCACUCUGUUAAGCCUAUUUGUCACGUGCCUAUUGCUGUUUCUUGAUAUUUCGCACACUGUAUACUUGUUUCCUUUUAACUGGGGAAAAGUGAAUGCAUAUUUGUACGUAAAUCUUAGCGUGUUGUUCCUCGUAGCUUCAUCAUUGAUAUUCCACAUGAUAUUCUCAUCAGAGGCCUUUGCAUGGGUCCCCAAAUGGACACAUCAUCAACUAUUAGUAACUGGGAGUCUGGGUUACGUCUGCUGCGUAGAAUCCGCCAUCAUCAGCCUAGUCCAUUGGUGCGGCACUUCGUCCAGGAUCUACGAGCCCGUAGGCGAGGACCCGAACCUCGACCUGCAGGAGCGACAGCCGUCGCCCAGUCCCGAGCACAAAGCGUCCAAUCAAACGAUGCACAACUACAAACCGGUGGCCGCGUCGGCGGCUGCGGUGGCGACCACCAACGCCAAUCAGCUGCAACCCCAGUCCAAAAAACCGGCAGCUGUCAACGUGGACGACGCGCAGCCUUGCUCGUCCAAAAGUUCCGAUCAUCCCUACAGGGUAGGGGCAUGA